CAUUAUAAUAUUUGAGAUUCUUUCUGUAAACGUUGUAUGAAAUACUAGCAAAUAAAAAUGCCGGAGAACAGCGGACGUUAUCAACAACACAACAGAAGAAACCAGAAAAAGGAGUGUCCCGUAAUUGAUGAAAAUAAUGUAGUAUUGAAGUCCUUUCAGUCUUAUGGAUUGGAAUUGGAUGCAAAACACGAUCGAAAUGAAAGAAUUGUUAAAUUGAGUCGGGACAUAACAAUAGAAUCUAAACGCAUUAUAUUCCUAUUGCAUUCUAUAGAUAUUCGUAAAAACAAUAAAGAAAAGGUCCUUCAAGAAGCCCAAACGAGACUGGAAAAGGUAAUCUCGACAAAUUUCAAAGCUGUAGCCGAAGAAUUAUGUGGUCAUGAUCCAUACCAGUUUCGAUGGGCUUACUCGCCUGGUCUGCAAGAAUUUAUCGAAGCGUAUACAUUUAUGGAGUACAUUAAAAAUGCAGAAUAUGAUGAAAGCUGCUCUGGUGGCAGUGAUGCCGAAAUGAGCGACUGGACAGAGUUACAAAAGAAAAUGACCUACUCCAAGAAAUCGGAAGACAACGAAGAAGAAUUUUCAUUCUUCAUUGAUCCUACGGAAUACAUUUUGGGCGUCUCUGACCUAACUGGGGAAUUGAUGAGACGUUGCAUAAUUUCUCUCGGUAGUGGAGAAAUCGUUUUUUGUCUUAUUGCGAAAAUGAUAUUGCAGAAAAUCUUCACUGGUUACAUAGGUUUAAAUGUUCAUAGAUGUAGGGAGCUAUCUCGCAAGAUCUUUACUAUGCGUCAAAGCGUAUUGAAGGCAGAAAAUGUUUGUUAUAAUGUCAAGGUACGUGGUUGCGAGGCGGCCAAAUGGAAAGAUAUCUUUGAUAACAAACCGGGGGACGAUAUAGAUGAAGGAUUUUAACACCGAAUAUAUAGCACAUAAAAAGAAAUGAUCAAUAUAAAAUAUAAUUUUGUUUUAGCAUAAACCUACUUCAAAUGUGUUCUCAAAGUAUGCAUUUGCAGAAGAUGAAUAAACAUUUUUUUAUUGUCAA